CGCAGCCUGGCGGCUCCUCAGCCCCCGCGCGCGGGCGGAGAAGCCCCGGCCGGGCCGGCCGCCAUGGACCCUCUCCGCGAGGCCGUGCGGGCAGAGCUCCAGGGCCUGCUCACGACACCGGCGCGGGUCUCAGGGAGGCGCUGCGGCAGGAAGUGUUGGCCGCGUUGUGGCAGUUCUACGGCCGCCCGCCAGAGGGCGCCGCCCCCGGGGACGGCCGCGCGGCUGCCGACUGCAGCACCGAGCCGCAGGCGGACGCGCCCGCCCAGCUGCUGCCGCAGAGACUGCCGCACGAGGCCGACGACCCCGCGGCUGGGCAAGCGAGGGCGCUGGAGCCGUCGGCAGGCGGGCAGGACGCCCCGCCACCGAUUGGCGCUGCCUGGCAACGUCCCCGCGCGGCGAGCCCGGGGUGCCCAGCGAGCCUGGCGAGCCUGGCGCCAGCGCGGCUGGGGGACCUCGAGCAGGACCGACGCACAGCUGUCGAAUGUCAACCUUGGCUGUUCCGAAGUACUACUUCCGACUGAGCCUGAUCAGCACAAGGUCGCGAGCCCGACGCGAUGCUUAAGUGGUGUGCGCAGUGUUGCUGCUGAUUCCACUGCGGACGAGUUUUGGCAGGGCGUCGUGCCUCAAAGCGCCAGUGACCUCGCCAAGGCGAAGGAGAAACGCCCGAAGAGCACAUACCACCUGGCCGCAAAGAAGCUGAAGUCGGGCCAGUUUGUGGAGAGUGAAGCUUCCGACGACGAGGUGGAUACGCCGAAGACUUGCGCGAGCAAGCAUUUUUCUAGGUUCGCGGAAUCAAACGUUCAGUCGCAAUUCGGCGCAGGGUCUGGAGCGGCUGAGUUCGGCACAGAGUCUGAAGCUUGUGCCGAGGUACCAGUUCUCGUUAGUGGGCAAAGGAGUGGUCGGCACUUCUUUGGCCGCAUAAGCGCGGAUGUGUGUAAUGCCACGGAGCCCGAGCGCAAUGACCUCUUGGGAUAUGUCGUGCAUUCCAGGUGGUUCGAAUUCUGGGUACGGGUCAUCGUUUUUUCAGACUGUGCGUACAUGGCAAUUUCGGCUGACAGCUUGGUGGCAAACGACGGAAUCCAUGGCGAAGCGUUCUGGAUGGGUGAUUUGGUUUUCUUGUGUUUUUACCUUGUGGAGGUGGUCCUGAAACUUCUGCACCAUCGCUUGUUUUUCUUCCUGAACGACCAGAGAAAAAUGAACAUCCUGGAUUUAUCUCUUGUAGUAAUUGGGUCGAUCGAUCUGCUUAACUCGUCAGAGACAUCAUCAAGUGUAGUGCGAACAUUCCGGGUACUCAAAAUAGUAAGGGGGCUACGCGUACUCAAGGUCCUGACGGGCAUGGAUCGGUUGCGAGGCUUUGUUCAAUGUUUGGAGGGCUCGUUCGAAAUGUUGUUUUGGUGCAUUGUAAUGCUCACGAUCGUCUUCUAUAUGUUCUCAUUGAUUUUCCUGCAUUUGGUCGCGAUUCAUCUUGCGGAGUCUGGCUUUCCCCCGGACUCCGACGAGAAGUCUGAGAUCUUGCGCCAUUUUGGUUCUGCGAUUGGAUGCAUGCUGACUCUCUGGCAAGCCGUCUCGGGGGGGGAUGAUUGGUCCAAUCCUUACAACGCCAUCUCGCUGACCGGGGACGCAGGUGCACUUAUUUUCGUAGCCUUCAUUGUCUUCACAUCAAUUGCCUUGUUGAACAUUAUCCAGUCUGUUCGUCGAGUCAGCGAUGCAGAGUUUAUCGCCGAAUCGUGA